AUACUCACAAACAACCAGAAUGUAACGUUGCCGCUGCUGCUGCCGCCACCGCAUGUGAAAAAUACGUCGGCUUCGGGCUGUUGUUCGGUCGAACCUCGAGGUUGCUUUAGUCGAGAUCGGGCAAGCGGCCGCCACUGUACCCGCGUGUACUGAAAUUUUUUUAUCGUAUUUUGCCCCCGAAAAUUCCCUCCAAAAUAAUUUAAAUGGAGGAUAAAAAUAUAUUCACGCAGUGGCGUUCGUAAUAUUGAUAUUAAUAUUUAUUUAUUUAUAUACAUAUAUAUGUAAUUAAAUAUAUAAAUAGAAAUAAACUUUUAAAUUUAAAUAAUCUAUUGUUUGUUGAGUUAAAAUACAAAAAUAAAGAGCUCGCGACUGCGCAAGCUCAGUUUUCAGAACAAAGAUUGUACGCAAACGCGCAUUAAAAGACCGUUUCGGACGCUGACGAGGCCAACGAUCGAUACUCGGUUCUUUUUUUAAAUAAUUGUUUUUAAAAUUUAAAUAUUGUUUAUUAAAUUUUUAAAAUUAUUUAAACUUCCGUGUAUUUAAAUUAAAUAUUUAAAAAUAAUCGCAGUGAUAAACAGUUUCUAUGACAAAACGUCAAGUUUAAUUGGACGUCAUGUAAAAAAACACCAUUUUAUUAAAUUAAUUGAUGUUACGUACAUAAAAUAAUAAACUUUAUACUCAGCAGUUAAUUAAAGUUUUUAAAUAAAAGUGUAUUUAUUGUGAAAGCUAACGAUGAUGAAUAAAAGUUAUAUUAUUUUAAAAAGUACGUACUUGUUUUUGAACAAGUGUUGAAACGUUUUUAUCUGUGCCAUGGAUAUCGUGUAGACAUAUUGCAAGUACGGAGCUUCUGGAUGUUUCAACUUUACUAGUGCAUUUAUUUAUUUAAAUUUAACAAAGCAAUUUAGUUUAUUUAUUAAAUAAUGCAGCGUUUACCAGCGGAUUUGCUUGUACCGUCAAAAACUGUAGAUAUUUCUACUUAUCAUUCGACAUUUUAUUCACCACCACCGACAGAAGCCUCGAGAUCAGGCUACGAUUCGAGUAGUGGGGAUGAAUCAGAAAGCGAUUAUCAAGUGGCUUCUUAUUCAUCAAAUGCCCAUUCUGUAAAUCAAACGACAACUACAGCAACAGCAACUACGACGAGUAACAGUACGAGCAAUGCGCAGUCGAAGCAUAUUAACAAAGGUCGUUGGACCAAAGAAGAGGAUGCAUUAUUGAAGCAAUUAGUGAGUAAUGCGGAAAAACAUCGCACCGGACUCAGAUGGGACUCAGUAGCAGCGCAUUUUCCUGAUAGGAGUGACGUUCAAUGUCAGCAGCGUUGGGCUAAAGUUGUUAAUCCAGAGCUCGUCAAAGGCCCAUGGACCAAGGAGGAGGACGAGAAAGUUGUAGAACUUGUGGAACGUUACGGGCCGAAAAAGUGGACACUUAUUGCAAGACAUUUGAAAGGUAGAAUUGGAAAGCAAUGCAGAGAAAGAUGGCACAACCAUUUGAAUCCAGGUAUCAAGAAAACUGCGUGGACUGAUGCUGAAGAUAAAAUAAUUGUUGAAGCACAUCGGCGCGUUGGUAAUCAGUGGGCUAAAAUUGCAAAACUUUUACCUGGGCGAACUGACAAUGCUAUUAAAAAUCAUUGGAACAGUACAAUGCGGCGAAAGUAUGAGACAGAGGAAGGAAAAAUUACUGGGACUAGAGGUCGUGGUAGAAGAAAAACAACGGAAACUUCCAUGAACGUUAAAAAAGAACCACGAGUUAUGCAUGAUGAAUCAUCGUGUCCGGAUAAUUUGUUUAAAGAUGAAAAUAGCCGAACGGCAACGAUAACAUCUCAGAGUCUCGACAUGAGUUCGUUGGAUUGGUCAGGCGGUUGGGGACAAACGCAUCAUCAACAAGUACAGCAACAAUCUCAGCAAACUACUUUAUACCAUCAUAACAUAAUGUCAGCUGAGCAGUCCGAUGACCAUCACCUGGACUCACCUCAACUGCGACACGAGACUCGAAUAAAACGCGACCCUUCGCCUUUUUCGAAGUAUUUCAACCUGGACAUGGGCGCUGAAGCCAGUGGUUCUGGAACAUCAGAUAUACGUCUGGUGCCCAUGCCUGAUCUUGAAGAUGAGGAUGACCGUAAGAGCAGUCCGCCACCAAUCCUACGAAGACGUCGUUCUUCACACUACAGUAUGAUGCGUGCCGAGACUACUAACGACAGCGGAAACCAGUCCGUCGACUAUUUAUUAAGUCAGCAAUCAUCAUCAUCACAAAUAGUUACAACCGCUCCUUCAACGCCAAUAAAACAGCUUCCAUUUAGUCCGUCUCAGUUUCUCAACAGUCUCGCAAGUCCAGAAACCUCUUGGCCACGUGCCAGUACUCCUAAAGGUAGUCCUGGAACUCUCACGACGCCCCAACCUUCAGGUUUACGUCGUAACCAAGGGGAUGGCAACACACCACGUACCCCAACACCUUUCAAAGACGCUCUUGCCGAAAUAGAACGACGAAGUGGAGCAACAACUCAGUUACCAGCAACACCGAGUCGUCUUGAUGCACUUACGGAAAUAAUCAGACAGGAAACUGAUCGUGAAAGUCUCACUGGCAGUAGUAUUCUUCAAGACUCUGGAUACGGCACUGGUCGCCGGCGUGGAAAAGAGAACAGCGCACCGGGUGGAAAACGAGCACGCAAAGCAUUAUGUCAAGCUUGGGCUAGUAGUAGUCAUGACCACUCGGAAAUGAAUUUCGCUGUCGAGACGCCGAGCAAAAGUAUAGACACAUCAGUGUUAUUUUCACCGGCAUCAAUGGCCCUAGAGGACAGCUUUCUAGCGGCAGGACCCAGUCCGUUGAAGACUCCCCAAGACUUAAUGUCAGUCCAGAGGAAGUCCACCGCCAAGAGGGCGAUCUCGUUUGACGCUUUUGACAGUCCAAGUAUCAGCCCGUUGCUUAUUAGACCACAUAAACGUCCGAAGGUACAAUUAGAAGCACAGUGGACGAUGGUAGCAUGUGGACGAACACAAGAUCAAUUAGAAAUGACACGUGCGGCUCGUCAAUUUCUUGAUUUUCAUGGAUUGCCAGCUUUACGUCCUCGUUCUUUAAAUUUUUAAUUUAAUAAUUUAAUAUAUAUAUUUACCUAUAUAUAAAUAAAUAUAUAUAUUUAUUAAUAAUAAAAUUAAUAAGAAAUCAAAAUUGAUGAGAUGGGCUGAUCGUUUUGUUGAUAAAUGAGUAUUUAACGACACGAGAUGCCGAUAUUGAAACUAGUCGGAGCGCGUAAUUUUUUUUACGUGUUUGCUCUUUUAAACUUUGGGGUUUACAAGCGUCGUAUGACUGCUUCUCUGUUGUUUUUAAUAGUUUACAGUUAAGUGAAAAAAAAAAUUAAGUAAUAAAAAAUUAAAAUUUAAAAAAGAAAGAAAAUGUUUUUAGUCAAUCAAUUAAUUCUGAAGAUUUAAAAAUCUUCCAUCAGUAUUGUAAAUUUGCCAAUAUUAUAAAUAUAUACUCGGAUCAAUAUUGUACUUUGAUUCACAAUAUAAUUUGGUAUUAAAAUUGAUUUAUUAUUCUCUUUUGGAAAGGAUUAGAAAGAAUUGCACCGAGAAUAAAAUGUAUUAAAUAAUUAAUUGGAUUAUUUGAUAGGACAUAUAUAUAUAUAUAUAUAAAUAUAUAUAACACUAUUCGGCCAUUACGUACAAAGAGCCUUUGUAAUUGGUAUUUAUCUUACAUUUUAAUAAUAAAGAUCGCACGAAAAAAGACGAAAUAUAAAA